CCCGAUGGGAAAUGGUGGGGGCUGAGCAGAUAGUGUGGUUGGUGUAGCGGAAAUGAAAGCAGGAGUAGAAUAUAUUAUGAGGUGAAGAAGAGCUUGAAAGAUGGAAGGAGACACUCACGGGCAUCCACAAAGAAGACAACAACAGCAAAAGCGAAAAAGAAAAAGAAAAAAAAAAACGCACAUAUUCAAAUGGGAGAAGGUGACCAUCCCCACAUUCAAAGCUUUCAUAACCAUAGAAGGGGCAGGAGCAGACAAAACAAUAGUUCAAUGGGGCGACACAGCUCAAACACUGGGACCCAAAGGCCAGCCUAUUGGAACCUACAAUUCUGCAACAUUUGCUGUGAAUUCUCCUUAUUUCAUUGCCAAGAAUAUCACUUUCAAGAAUACAACACCAGUUCCAAAACCAGGAGCUACAGGGAAGCAAGCAGUUGCAUUUAGAAUAUCAGGAGAUACAGCAGCAUUUCUAGGGUGUAAGUUCUUGGGUGCGCAGGAUACGCUGUAUGAUCAUCUUGGAAGGCACUAUUACAAAGAUUGCUACAUUGAAGGCUCUGUUGAUUUCAUUUUUGGCAAUGCUCUCUCCUUGUAUGAGGGAUGUCAUGUACAUGCAAUAGCAGAGAACUAUGGGGCCCUCACAGCCCAAAACAGGAACAGCCUUCUGGAGGAUACAGGGUUCUCAUUUGUGAAGUGCAAGGUGACAGGGUCAGGAGCACUAUACUUAGGAAGGGCUUGGGGAACCUUUUCUAGGGUUGUGUUUGCAUACACCUACAUGGACAACAUCAUCAUCCCUACUGGCUGGUACAACUGGGGUGACCCCAACCGAGAAAUGACUGUAUUCUAUGGUCAGUACAAAUGCACAGGACCAGGAGCAAGCUACGCAGGAAGAGUUUCAUGGUCAAGAGAACUCACUGAUGAGGAGGCCAAGCCAUUCAUUUCCCUUAGUCUCAUUGAUGGCGCUGAGUGGAUUAAUUUCUAGUUAUUUUCCUAAUAAUCUCUCCUUGUAAAUUUAAACAAAAUCAAACAGGGUUUGCUGGUACACACCCAGAAAUAUUGCUCUACGGUUAGCCUUUUGCUUUUGGGUCGUUUUUCGAUGAUCCAAACCGUUUACACGGUGGGCUUAUCAUGGAUUGGGGGAUGGCCAAAAAAUGAAUAAAAAUAAAAUCUUCGAUUGGGAUAUUUUAAUCCCUUGAUCAUUCAA